AUGCUGCCCUCGCAGGAGGCCUCCAAGCUCUACCACGAGCACUACAUGCGGAACUCGCGGGCCAUCGGGGUGCUCUGGGCCAUCUUCACCAUCUGCUUCGCCAUCAUCAACGUGGUGGUCUUCAUCCAGCCCUACUGGGUGGGCGACAGCGUGAGCACUCCCAAGCCUGGCUACUUCGGUCUCUUUCACUACUGCGUGGGCAGCGGGCUGGCGGGCCGCGAGCUCACCUGCCGCGGUUCCUUCACCGACUUCAGCACCAUCCCGUCCGGCGCCUUCAAGGCCGCCGCCUUCUUCGUGCUGCUCUCCAUGGUGCUGAUCCUCGGCUGCAUCACCUGCUUCGCGCUCUUCUUCUUCUGUAACACCGCCACGGUCUACAAGAUCUGCGCCUGGAUGCAGCUCUUGGCAGCUCUGUGCCUCGUCCUCGGCUGCAUGAUCUUCCCCGACGGUUGGGAUGCCGAGACCAUCCGGGACAUGUGCGGGGCCAAGACGGGGAAGUACUCACUCGGGGACUGUUCGGUGCGCUGGGCCUACAUCCUGGCCAUCAUCGGCAUCCUCAACGCGCUCAUCCUCUCCUUCCUCGCCUUCGUGCUGGGCAACCGGCAGACCGACCUGCCGCCGGAGGAGCUCAAGCAGGAGAACAAAGAUUUUGUGGGCUCCACAGUCAGCUCUGUGCUGCGGCCAGGCGGUGACGUCUCGGGCUGGGGAGUGCUUCCCUGUCCAGUGGCCCACUCACAGGGACCCUGA